CACUGCUUGUUUAUCGCUACUCCGUAUCUUCGUUUAACCCCUUUUUACAUUACUUGUUUUUGGUUCUACUUGCACUACCAGUCAUAUCCAUAUAUGAUAGCUCCAUCGGCAGUCAUAUCUUUGUGCUGGCUAGUCCUAUCCACAUCAGUAGCCGCUUCCGCGGUUCCCUACUGGCAAAUCGAUAAAGGAUACAUCCACGAGACACUUACUAAAGACACCGCAAAUAUCAACAGCAUGCUCCGAAAGGCGCCUGGACAGUUCCGUCACUUGCCUCCCAUAGUGGAUAACCCCACCCCUUUCCAGAGAUCCAUUCAAGAUGGUGAAGUACCUGAUUAUAUCCUCGAAUAUGCUCCUGUGGUUCAUCUAUACUCAGAAGAACGGUAUCUUCCGUACGACAUUGGCAAAUUCGUUACUCAUUUUCAUGUUGAGUAUGACAAUGGAACCACCGUUCCAGGAACAGAGGCAAAUAUGAACUUGAAGAAGUUGAGUGAGUUGCCCGAAGAAGAAGAUUACUUUUUGACUUCGAACUCUGAUUUUGAUUCAGACCCAGAGUGGAUUACGGGUAUCAAGAACAAGCCCUCGCUUGCCACUGGAGAAAUAAAGGAUGCACCCGCAGUACUUAUUGUGGUCGAUAAGGGCAAUGGCUGGGUGGACGCUUACUGGUUCUACUUCUAUUCUUUUAAUUUGGGUCCAUUUGUGAUGGGUUCUGGACCUUAUGGGAACCACGUAGGCGAUUGGGAACACUCAUUGGUGAGGUAUUACAACGGAGAACCAGUCAUUGUAUGGAUGUCUGCUCACGGAGGUGGACAGGCAUUCUACUACCAUAAUUUGGAGAAGUACGAAUCGAAUCCAAACCAUCCUAUACUCUUCUCUGCAAGAGGCACACAUGCUAACUAUGUAUCGGUGGGACAACAUCCCCAUGAUUUGCCAUAUGCAAUAUUGUCUGACUUCACAGACAGAGGUCCUUUGUGGAACCCUACAAAGAACUACUUGGCUUACACAUUCGAUGGUACUAGGGUGUAUCCUGCCACCACCAACCGCAACCCUCAUCACGUUGGUCGGGAGAAGAAAUACCACAACUGGCUCAAGUUCUGGGGACGUUGGGGUGAUAGGAAGCUCCCUGAUGAUGAUAACCGUCAACGCUAUCUGUUUAUUGGAGGCUAUAAGUACAUUGACGGUCCCCGUGGCCCAUUAAUGAAGAACUUGCUCCGCAUUAAGCCUUGUGAAAGACAUAAAUGGUGGAACUUCUGGGCGGGCUGCAAUGUUCGGCAAAACAUUAAAUGGGGAAUUGGGGUCGAAAGUGAAGGUUACAAUUGCGGUAAUGUGUUUAUUAGCAUCAAACCCAAUUGGUUGCGUAAAAUCAUCCAGCACGUUACCUGGGGAGGAUUCUUCUGCUAUGCUGCAGAUAUUUUCUACGGUUAGACUAAUUUUUAAAUGCUUGCUUUUACCUUGUUUAUGGUUCAUGAUAAUUAGAAACUUUAAUAAUGAUUUAUGUAUUUUGCAACUUGGCAC